GGAAAACACAGGUGGACCGGCACCAUGAGGCUCUCAUCAGCCUGGACAACACUCGUCUUCCUUCUGCUUCAAGGGGCAGCAAGAGCGUGCACAGUUAAGAAACUGGGCAGCAGCACUGGAAGAUUUGCCAAUGCCACCUUGGUGCGCCUGUCUGAGUUUUUGAGCGCGGGGUAUAAGAAAGGAGUGAGACCAGUGAAAGACUGGAGGACGUCCACCAAAGUGGCCAUAGACCUCAUGGUUUACUCUAUUCUCAAUGUGGAUGAGAAGAACCAGGUUUUGACGACAUAUGUGUGGUACAGACAAUCGUGGACGGAUGAAUUCCUGGUCUGGAACCCAGAAGACUUUGAUGAAGUCAAACAAGUCUCUAUACCCACUGCUAAUGUGUGGGUGCCUGACAUCCUCAUUAAUGAGUUCGUGGAUGUGGGGAAGUCUCCAGACAUUCCUUAUGUCUAUGUGACACAUGAUGGACUGGUGCGCAACUACAAGCCCAUCCAGGUGGUCACAGCCUGCACUUUGAACAUCUACAACUUCCCAUUUGAUGUGCAGAAAUGUAGCCUCACCUUCCAGAGCUGGCUCCACACCAUCGAUGACAUCAACAUCACCCUGAUGCGAAGCCCCGAGGAGCUCAGGGAGGACAAAAGUGUCUUCAUGAACCAAGGGGAGUGGGAGCUGCUCCACGUACUGUCCAACUACAAGAUCUUCAGCGUGGACAACGAUGACUAUUAUGCUGAGAUGAAGUUCCAUGUGGUGAUCCGGCGGCGGCCAUUGUUCUACACUGUGAACCUGCUGCUGCCCAGUAUCUUCUUGAUGGUGAUGGACAUUGUUGGUUUCUAUCUGCCACCAGACAGUGGCGAGCGGGUUUCCUUCAAGAUCACUUUGCUGCUGGGCUACUCUGUCUUCCUCAUCAUUGUAUCUGACACUCUGCCCGCCACUGCCAUAGGAACCCCGCUGAUAGGUGUGUACUUCGUGGUUUGCAUGGCCCUCCUGGUGAUCAGUCUGACAGAAACCGUGCUGAUUGUGCGUCUGGUCCACAAGCAGGACCUGCAGCCCCCUGUACCCCACUGGGUAAAGUACCUGGUGCUGGAAAGAGCUCCGGUCCUCUUCUGCAUCCACAAGAAGCACCGCCUCUGCUCCAGACUGUCCUCCCAGGCCUCCGACCUGGAGCACUACAAGGAGAACAACUAUGGGACUGCCCGAUGUACCCUCCACCACACCUGUGAGAUAGGUCGAAGGCUCAGCCAGCCCGACAGAGAAGCUGGGCUCCUUGGACUUGGCCUGCACCCCUCCAGGGACUCUACACCACCCGUCAUGGACAACAUCCUGCACGAGGUGACAGCGAUACGCCACUUCCUGGAGAAGAGGGACAGGUGCCGAGAAGUGGCAAAGGAGUGGCUGCAGGUUGGCUACGUGCUGGACGUGCUACUCUUCAGAGUCUACUUAGUGGCCGUGGUGGCUUAUAGCAUCACACUGGGCACACUGUGGUCAGUGUGGCAGGUUGCUUGAGUCUUACAGCCGUGAUGAUGUGGACACAAGUUCAGUAGGUGGAGCAUGGCAUUAAAAAGUCCAGACUUAGUAGCUCAGUGCCCUGUGUAGCUCAGUGGAUACAGGGAGGCACUCGUCCACAAGGGAAAUGGUUCCUGUAAUCGGGGCAUAUGUACAUUCAAAGGUUAAGUGACCACUACUAUAUCCCUACAAACAUUAUCACUGUUAUCAUCAUUUCGGGUUUGACCAGAGAGUUUUGGUUCCAUGAUGAAAAUGCAAUCUGACAUGCUUUUCAGGGGCAGCCCAAGGCAGCCCAACAGA